CCCGAGUGAGCUGACCGCUGUUUGUGUUGUGGUAACUUUUUCUCUAAAUACGGAUAUUAAUGGAAUGUUUUCUUAAUUCUGAAGCCAAAUUCCGAUCGAUGAGGAAGCCAUCGAACGUUUUGCUACUCAACUUAUCUGUCACAGACCUCAUUCUGUCGUUAUCGACGUUACCAGUGCUAGGCGUUGCCAGUCUGAGGCAGGCUUGGGUGUUUGGGGAAUCAGGUUGUUUGCUAUACGGCUUCAUUGGUUCUGUCACUAGCAUCGUUUCUAUCACAACUCUAACUAUGAUCGCUAUUGAGAGGAGUAUUGUCAUUACAUUUUCCAGGAAAGUAACAUUGAAACAAUUAAUCAUGGCGAUUCAAUUCACUUGGAUUUAUGGAAUAUUUUGGGCGACUAUGCCUUUGGCUGGCUGGGGACGAUACAUCAUCGAAGGAAGUCGAAUCUCCUGCACAUUCGACUUCCUUUCACGGGAUACUUUAUACAAAUCAUUUGUGAUAUCUUUACAAACUUGCGUUUUCUAUGUACCCGUCAGUCUCAUAAUGUUCUCUUACGCUUCAAUUUUCGUGAAGGUUAGUCGCAACGAACGCGAGAUGGAUAGAUUAAAAAAUACACAACAACUCUGGAGAAGUAGUCGUUUUAACAUAGAGAUAAAGGUAGCGAAAACAGCACUUGUGAUUACGAUGGUGUUUUGUUUGUCCUGGUUGCCAUACGCUGUUGUAGCACUAAUUGGUAGCUUUGGGAACAUUCAGCUGAUCACUCCAUUAACUUCAGCUAUUCCCGGAUUUUGUGCUAAACUUUCUACGUCAAUCAACCCUCUCAUAUAUGUUCUUUUAAAUGGAAAGUAUAGGAGCAAAUUAGGAAAGGAUUUCAGAUCAAUGCUUAGGUGUGUUUGCCCGUCAACGUAGUGGAAACAGGUUAUAUAUUCGAGAGGA